AUGAUAUUUCCCCGGAUAUAUAAUAAGAGAUUAAAACAUGGUGUACCUCUUGCGCUUACGGCUAUCAUAAUAGUGGUUUCUUUAAACUCAUAUUUUACUACUAAUCUUGACCAGUUUUUUUUGGAGCAUGACGGUCUUUGCUUCAACAGAGAGUCCAGCUUCAACCCUAGAGAGACAACAUAUGCCAUAUUGUCAUACUUGCAUUCAUUUCUCGAUCUGGAGAUCAUUGAUUAUUCUCACAUAGGAGACUCAAAUGGUAUAUACUUUCAUUGGGAUGACUGGGUUGAUUUGUCCCCUGCGUCGACGAUCCUCGAACAUUACAGAACGGAAUACCCUGAUGGGCAAUGCGACUCGAAUAUUGAAAGCUUUACGAAUGUAAACAGCUAUUACAUUGAGUCAUAUAAUAAAAAGGUGUUGAGAGGGAUGGCUGACUUGUAUUGCAGAAAGGAGAUACCAGAAAGGGUGCUUGUUUCCAUGGAUAACGGUAUGGUUGACAUACCUGUGAUUGACAAAAAGAGAUUAGGUCACAUGCGCCUUCCUUCAAAUGUUAAGAAGGACCAGCUUGUCGAUGAGCUUCUGAAGGUGCAAACCUUGUUACCGCAGUCAAAGUUUAAUGUGACAUCCUAUGACACGCUAAAACAAACUAAAGACGUUAACCCUGAAGACUUCAUAUUUAAUCCUGAUACAGAAGUUUUGAAGUUGAGGGAAAAAGCAAAUAAUGGCACAAUCAGCAAUUCUGACUUGACAUACUUGCGCUUUUUAGAAUAUUCAACUGAUUUGGUUGACAGAACUGACACUUACUUCAAAUACCCAUGGAUUAUUACGGAUCUUAUUCAGGGAAAGUCUCAUCAUUUUGCAUAUCCUUUUUUCAAAAGGUAUGUAAGUAAUAGAGAAAGGCAAAGUAUUGUACAUCAUAUGGUUCGAGCAUGGUUUCAAUUCGCUGAAGCCUACAAUUAUACAAGCUGGAUAAACUAUGGUUCACUUUUAGGUUGGGCCUACAAUGGUGUCAACCUACCAUGGGAUACUGAUGUUGAUAUUCAAAUGCCAAUACAGCAAUUAGACAAGCUCGGAAGAAAAUUCAACAAGACGAUCGUGAUUGAAAAUCCAAGGUAUGGUAAUAGCAAAUAUUUUUUGGAAGUUGCUCCUACCUAUGUAAAACAAGGAAAUGGAAAAAAUUUCAUUGACGCACGAUUUAUCGACAUCAAUUCAGGACUUUAUAUUGAUAUAUCUGCCUUGUCAUAUACUCAUCAUAAGCCACCCAGCAAAGCACUUGAGAACAUACCUCCUAAAGAAAGAUCAAAAGCUAUGGUUGUCCAUUGCAAGAACUGGAAUUGGCAUCCUUACGACGAAUUAUUUCCAAUUAGACACACAUACUUUGAGGGCGGGUCCGUCUACAUUCCUAACAAUGUUUCAAGUAUAUUAUCUAGAAAGUAUGGCAAAGGUUCUUAUACAAAUAAGCUUCAUUUCCUAAAUCACAAUUAUCAAAAAGAUAUCAAUCUAUGGGUUCCAGAUGGUAUCUGUGCCGACUCACCACCCAUUGAUAGGUUCGAAGUAGGAGAUCGCAAUAGCUUGUCUUUGAAAGGUGCAUGCGAUAAUAGAUAUUUGCAGGACGAGUAUAGUAUAACUAGGGAAUCUUCAGAAAGACAUCUUAAGUUGAAUGAAGAUAUUGAUGCAAGCAUCUCAUAUAGUGCAGAUGUCCUCGGCGAGUUGCCUUUAUUUCGUAAGGAUGCCUGGGAUUAUUACAAUGAUAUUAAUGAGAACUUGGUCAAGGAUGAUUAUUGGUAUACUAGAGAAGAAAUUGUAAUUUAG